CAACAAGCAGGGGGAAGGACUUCUAGCAGCGGGCCCGGCGCAUACAGCCGCUAGUGCAAGGACUUGUUCGCUUCGCCACCGGCACUGGUGGAGGGGCAGGAGCCAUGUCGGCCGAAGUGAGUGACGUGUCCCACAUACAAGAUGAAGACCUUCUGCGUAGAAUGUGGCAGCAGACGGAGGACUUCGGGCGCAAGAAAGAGAUCCGCGCCCGCAUGUACAAGCUGCGGGAGCAGCGGCUGAAGGAGUUUUACACAACCGGAGAAGUGUUGUCUGACGUGCUAAGUACUAGCACCUCCUCUCUGGACGGCGGCAGAAAGAAUAUCAGCUCAUCCAAUCUGAAGAGCACCCAGAGUAGCAGCUCCCAGAUUAUCAGCAAGAGCUCGUCCUAUACCAGCGACAGUUCUGGGGGUGGAUACAGCAUCACACAUGCUGACUCGCUGGCAGAUGAAGGUUUCCUCACUCUCAAGAGCAAGGAGAUCCGCGACUCAGAGUCUCCCACUCGAGAGUUUCACCAGCGUCAAGAAAAGAAUACAAAGAACGAGAGUGCUAUUUCCAGCAGUGGAGGUGGAGAAGGAUACUGGAGAGUUGUCCAAGAGUCUUCCUCGGGAACUUUUGAAUCAGACGUUAACACUGGAGUGGGAGGAGACGUGAUAAUACACACCACUAGCAAGAAUGAACGUCGAAAUUUUGCGGAAGAUUCCAAGCAUGAGGGUUGCACCACUGUCACUGAAGUGAGUUCAUCUGAACACACUUCGUGUAUACCUCAAACCAGCAGCGCAAAUGUACUCGAUGUAACGGACAAUAAGACUGUAACAUCAGCAGGCAAUAUAGAAGACACCAGUAGCCAUAACAUAGUAGCAUCGGCGAACAGAUCAUAUUCAGAAAAGAUGUCUGUUUCCUCAUCGACUUCCUUCUCUGCAAGCAGCAGUCAGCAGCAUCAGCAGAAUUAUGAAACGUCAACAGUUUCUUCCUCCGCAAUUAGUGAUCAUCGAGAAUCCAAAGCAGAUACUAAGCUGGAAGACUCAGGCGUAGUUGUAUCAGAAUCAGCAAGAUUCUCAUCCACUGCAGCCAGUCGUGGUGCUGUUAGCUCCUCUACGACAAUAAGUAAUCAGACCAGUAGUAGCCAAGACAGUAAGAAUCGUGUAACCCAACGUUCCCACACAGGAGAACUCGUAGGAAAGGCAGCUGAAGACACUAGUGAGACAUCAGAUGUAAAGGGUUCAGCCAUCAGUGCUCCCUCAGGCUCAGUCACGGUUACCAGCAACAAUUUGACAAAAGGUGUAAGCAGCUCCAGUAAUAAGGGAGUAGAACAGCGCAUUAUGAGUGAGCUUCACAAGCUGGAUUCAUUCCUCUCCACACAGAAUACGGUAGUAGAUUCUACAACUCGCAACCUCGUGGAUACUCAAGACUCCACUAGCUGGAUGGUUGUAUCGUCUGACAAGAAUCAUAAUAUUAAGAACGCCACAGACGAAUUUGUAUUCUGCUCUGGUGACACCACCCAAGAUACGAAAAAUUCUACCACACAAGACAGCAAAUUCAUAGAGCAUGAAAGAACCAGCUCUGUUGUGAAUUAUAACACUGAUAUUCGAGAGCCCACUGAUGCUACUCCAAGAAAUACUGAUGAAAGAGCUCCUAUCAUAGUAAAGGAAGACAAGGUGGAUUUGGAGACGCCGACUAGUGAAGCAACUGAAGUUCCAAAACGGGGAGUCCCCACUCAUGACACAACCAUUGGGAAAGAUGGCACUGACACUGGCGGGCAUUAUAUGACAACAUAUCAGCAAGCGUACACAAACAAACGAAUAAGUGUUGAUCUAAGCCCCACCCAUGAAGCCUUUGCUCGAUCGCUGCGUGCCUCUCCAGAGAGGGCAACUCCAGCUUCAUCUACACGUUCCUCUUCCAAAACUUCUCUUGAUCGCUCCAGUCCUGUUCGGUUUCACAAAUCUCCAACCAGAAACUACCGCAAUAGGACUAGCCUUGAUAACUCACUGGCCACUGUCAGAACAAGCCCUGAUAGGACUCCUCAAAACAGAACUUCACCUACAAGGGCUAGUCCAGAAAAAUCUGUGAACAUGGUAUCUCCUAGCCAGUCUAGCCCAAAGGAUAUGCCAAAACGCAGAAGCUCACCCAUCCGAGCCAGUCCUGAAAAAACAACAAAGUAUCCUGAUGCAACUCCUACAAGGGCCAGUCCAGAAAAAAUUACGAAGUCUCAUCAUUCACCACUGAUAGCAACUCCAGAGAAGAAAAGAAAAUCAUCAGCCACGGACCGAAGUAGUCCAGAAAAAACAACAAAGUCUCCAAAUAAUGAUAAGUCUCCAUCUAUAGGAAGCCCCGAAAAAAGUUUGAGACCUUUAUGUGCUGAAAUAACUUCUUCAUCAUUAACUUGUCCUGACAAGACACAGCAGGAAAAAAUUUCACAAUUGCCAGAAAGGAGAGUUAGUUCUGGUGAUAAACUAAAUGACACUGCCAUUUCUUACUCACCGACAAGGAAAGUAUCAGAUUCCAUAACGACUUAUUCGUCUGCAUCAGUAUCCCCAGGCAGGGACUCAACUGUCAAAGCAACAUUGAAAGAAAAACGCAAGUUGUCAUCUGGCCUUUCUCGAGCGACAACUAAGAAGCGAUCCUCGACACCAGGUGUGUCUCCUCACGUUAGUCCAACCCGUGGUGAUGAAACACCUCGUACUGAAAGACAGAGCCGACCACGUUCUCGAGGAACACCAUCGCAUUCCAGUACUGACACUGAGGGUAGUGACACUGAUAUAAAUUAUAAGAAAACCGGAUAUGAAAGUAAAACAGAAAAAAAAUUGUUGAAAACUGUAAUCCGAGCUACUGCUGGUGAUACUGGAACAAUGACUAAAGGAAAUGAAAUGGACAAAACCAAUAUUGAAUCUUGUGAAACUGACGAAAAAGGAGCUUCAGUUUUGUCACGUAAACUGUCUGAAGAUACUCACCAUCAUAAAUAUGAUGAACUGAGUGGAAAUGUUACUGAAGACGAUGGUCCUGAAAGAAUAAAGACAACAUCGACACCGUCUUCCAGUCCUGAGAGAGUUCCAGAGGAAUAUUUGAGUACUACUCCUCUACCUCAUAAGAUUUCAUCUAAAGAUACAGUUACUGCAAAAUCAGUAAAAAAUAAAGAUUCAACACUAACAGGAAAGACAACUGUAAAAAAAUUAUCUAAAGGUGAAAUAUUCCAUUCUACUGAGAGAAGUCCUUCACCCCAGAAAAGUAAAAUUGAUGAUGUAGACAUUAAAAUCAUUCCCUCUAGGCAAGAAUCAGGUGAUAGUUCACCUUCCAGCAGCCCUAUUGAUAUCUCUGCAACAGUACUCACAGAAUCGCCAAAAUCUGUCUUGGAUAAACUUCCAAGAGACAAAUCACCAGAAUACAGCUCAGAGGGUUCACUUGUAAAUGAACUGUACCCAAGACAAUCAGCUGCUGAUGUACCUAGAGAGUUGUCUUCACCUGUGAAGGAGCCAAGAGAUGUCACUAAAUAUUCUCCGGACUCAAGUCCAGAUAGAGGAAACUUCAGACCUAUAAAAUGUUUCAGAACAAGUCCCGAAAUUCGUCCUCAAACACUAGAAUUUGCUCAUCCUCAGACAGAAGCCAAUUUUAUACCAUCUCCAAAAGAGUCAGAAUCACCAACAAAGGCAUUUAAGAGGAAGCCUGGAGAUGAUAUAUCAAAUGUGGAAGAUCAUAUUGAGGAAAAAAUGAUACCACCAACCAAGCCCAGCGAAAGAAAAGAGCCAGCUAAGCCUUCAGAACAAAUAUCUAUUAGAGAUACUGAUUUUAAGAAGUCUCCAGAGAGAGUGAACACAUCACCCGUAACUGAAAAUAAAGAUUUAAGUAUAGGUAGCAGUAAGAAACUCCCCUCAUCAACAAAGGGAAAGCUUGAUACUUUCAGCAAUGUGUCCUGUUCACAGAUAGACACAUCUUCCACUCAUAUAACAACACAUAAGAGUCAAGAAAGCAAAGGUAAAUCAGAUCAAAAUAUCCAAUAUCCAACAAAAAAGAGGACACCAGACACUCAAACAAGGAAACAUUCUCAUGAUACUGCUGUACACAGUAAUACCCCUGAACAAAAUCUGCCAGAACAUACAGCUGGAAAGCCAUUUCAGCCAUCAAAGAAAUCUAAGAAGGAAACUACAGAGACUGAUUAUGGUAAAAUUAAGAAGCUACCUGAAACUGGGGAGAAACCUAAAACCCAGAAACAUAAGGUUGAUGAAGAUGUUCAGCAGAGUAAAGAGACAAAAUCUUCUAGCAUCUCACCAUAUUCUUCCAGUCCAGAGAGAUCAUUAACAACAGCUACUGUGAAGAUUACUCUGAACCAUGUAUCACCACAGAAACAAAGUGUAUCCCAAGAGAAAAAAACAAAGUCAACAAGAGAUUAUCAAAGUCAAUCAACUUUAAAUGAGAAUCUAGACAAGCAGUAUUCAUCAGACUCUAGUCCUGAGAGGGGAUCUCCAAAGAGAAGCACAACUCCUACAAGUAACCAGCCUCAGGAAUCAGAUGAUACUGCAUUUUCUAAGCCAACUUUCAUCUCCAGGAAGCUCUCAGAUACACUUACCACACCAGACAAGCCCACAGCAAAGAAAUCAGGUCGGUCUCUUCCAUCCCCAUCCCGAAGUUCAGAGAAACCUAAGAGUGCUUCUGAGCCAAGUGAAAGACAAAGCAUUAAUAAAGUCCCGUCCACUGCAUAUAGUAACCAGAUGCCUAGCAGAGAUUUAAGCAGCAGACAAACUCCCAAAAGGCCAUCACAAAAGAGCAGUCCUUCCCCCCACCGAAGUCCCGAUAGAACAAAUCCAAGCAGAACAACAUGCAAGGGCUACAAUUCAUCGCCAGAUUCUAGACGGUCACCUUCUUUGAGUCCAAAAAGAAUAAAUGAGAGAGUUAAUCAUUCAAAUAUAGUUCCUAGAAGUCACGAUAGAACAACUUCUUCUAGCCCUGAUAGACACAGAAGUCCAAAAAACAUUAGAGCUCCUGGAAUAAAACCCUCGAUCAAGCCUUCUCAUAGAUUACGAGAUAGUUAUUCUCCAUCGUCCAGUCUGGAGAAAAGAUCUAGAAUACCAAGCAAUAAUAUACGAGACCUUCCAAGUCAGCCACCAGCAAGGUCCAGUCGGCCAUCAACCAGACCCAAUCAGAGUACAUCUAAGCCUGGCCAGUCACCAAUGCAUCCUACUCAAAAAUCAUCAAAACCUAAUCAGCCAUCAACAAGGACAAGUCAAUCACCUGCAAGACAAAGUCAACAUACUACAAGAACUAAUCAGUCUCUAGCACACUCCAGCCCAUCUCCCUCUGGCCCUAGGUAUGGAACUGAGAAGCCAAAAAAAUCAGUAUCACACACUGUCCCAGUGAAAUCCGCAUUUGUUAGAACCCCAACAAAACCAGAUGAUGGUACUCAUUCUUCUAAAACUCUUAAGGAACCUGGUCACACUCCCAAUCGAUAUCAACGGCAGGAGAGUCCAAGUAAAAAUUGUGGAAGAUAUAUAACAAGACUAUCUCCUUCAGCAAAAGGUUAUCCUACUACUAAAAAGGAGCCCAGACAGCAGAAGCCAGAUGAAAUAGAUGAUGAACAAUCUACUGACCGCUCAUCAACUGUUUCAAGCCCUGAAACUGUUAAAACUGCAGGAGAUAGCACUGCAGAAGACACAACAUGCUUUCCUAUCACACAGGUGACUAGUCAGCAAAUCACUGCAACAUCACAUAAACGUACAGAAGUGUUUAUCCCCGAGUUGUCACGUGAUAGAAAAUCCUCUCCAUUCCCUGAUGAUGAACGUGACCAACUUGUCUCUCUCUCUGCCUUAACAAGCACUACGGCUGUAAAGAAAAAUGAAAUUGAUGCCACAUUUGUGACAGUUUCACCUUUAUCAAACAGGAAAACCAAAACAACAGAUUUACUUGAGAACGAACCUCAGAAGGGAUACUACAGUGAUGAUUACAAUGUAGAUGAUUUACAGGAUGAAUCCCCACCAGAGGAAUUCCUGGUUGAAGAUCGAUCCCAAACUGGAUCACCAUUUCAGACAUACUCAGGUCAAGGGAAAAUUCAGACAUUUCAUGAAGACAUUAAAGAUGCUCCACAGACAAGAAAGCCAAGGGAUGAAUCUCCCAAAAGUAAAGUGACCAGAAGUACUCCUACUUCUAGAUCUGGCAGGGCUGUAACUCUUCCAGCCACUAUCUCCAAAAAACCUACAACAACAAAUGAGCCACAUGAAACAAAGCAGGAGCAUUGUCUCCAAGCAGUGGAAAAACGAGCUUCUUUCAUGAGUCAGUCAAAGCGUAUAUCAAGGCCUGUAACUACAACAGACAUAAAUAUCAUACGAUCAGACAGUGAUAAGAAAGUUACUAGAAAGCAGACUCCUUCUCUUGGUGAUGUUGAACCAAGACACCAAACUUCAAAAAUAGAAAUUGCAAAUAUUCACACUAAUGUCACAAGGAAUACAUCAUCUACACGACAACAGCGAGCAACCACUGCGGCAACAGCUACAGCAAAAGUGUCAUCUACCAGAACAGCAAAAGUACCAGCACCUCCAAUAAAGUCAGUUCUAAAGAAACGAAUGUAUAUCAAAGAUCAAAACAGGGCUAAUGGUAGGCCAAAAUCAACAAUCAGUACUGCAGUGAAGAAUCAAUCUGUUACCAAGAAUCAAACAGUAGAAAAAAGAAAAACUACUAAUUCUGCAAAGAAGAAAUUUGUAGAUGGAAUCUCAGAAAAGCCACAUACUUCAUCAUCUGAAGAUGAACAAGAAAUACCAGAGGCAGGGACUGAUGAUGAGAAAGAGCGAGCAUAUGUCUAUGAUGAACGUGAUGAAUCUUACAUAAAGGAACCAGAAGAUCUCAGGAGGACAGAUGAGGAGCAAUAUGCCUCUAAAUUAGCAGCAGUAAGAACUUUAGAAAACAAACUUCUGUCCCCUGCACAAGAAGUUCCUGGCAUCAUCAUACAGCCCCUCAAAUCAUCCAGGGAAUCCUCCCCUGAAUAUCCCAGGGGAACAAUAGAGGAUGGGAAUAAACCACGAUAUGCUGACAGAAUUAGUGAACCUGAGGAUGAUGAUAAUGUUGUGCAUGGAAGUCACAGGCCAAAGACAGCAUUUCAAAAGCCCAUUUUGCAUCUAGACCGUUUUGAUGAGGAUUAUAUAAAUGAAGACAGUAAAUUCAGGUGUAGACAACCUUUGGAAAAUACUCAACUGAGGGAACUGUCAGGCUAUGUGAUUCCUCGCUCAGAACAAGUUACAGACUUAGAUGAGGAAUCCGAAACUGAUGAGGCACGUAAGUCUGUCAGUGUAGCAGAAAGAGUUUCUCACUUCUUGGAGACAACCAGAAAUGCAGGACAUUCAGUUUUUGCACCAACUGAAUCAACACAACAAAUCGACAGUGGCCCAGAUUCUCUAGAUAGUCCUAGCACUGUUCAAAGGGCAAGAGCCAUGUUUGAGACUAUAGCUAAUUCUCAAACAUCCACACAUAAGGACACUACAAGACAGAAAGAUACCGUGAGUAUAUAUGACAUGUACUGUGGUAGUUCUAGGAAAUCUCCUUCCCUAGAUAGCAGAAAAUCUGACACAGAUCACCAAAAUGAUGAAGAGAUUCAGAGACAACCUCGAAGUACAUCACCAUUGAUUGAAGGAGAGUUCUGUGACAAGAGAGAUAAUUUUACUGGAACUAAGGGUACAAAGUAUUCUUCGAAGAAACCGUCAAUUAACGACUAUCAUAUUGAUGCAGAAAAAGAUGAUCAAUAUUACAGAGUUUCAUACCAAGUCCCAGUCAAUGAAGAUGCAGGAAAACUAAGAACACCACUGAGAGACACUUAUUAUGACCGUAAGUCGCCUUCUCCAGAACGCCUGGGGUACAAAGAAUCAGCACACACUCAACCCUCUAAGUCUCCAGCAUCUUCAUAUCAUCAUAGUAAGCCAUCUUCUGAUAAUAUAAAGUUUGAUACAUAUAAAAAGGCUAAACCUUCUCAGGAAAAUAUUACCGGAUCUAAACCAAUCACUGCCCAAUCAGAGACAUCAUCUAAUAAAUAUGAUGUAUUCACCAUCCAGGGACAUGUAUCCAGUGACGUACUGACUGGAGAUAUAUCUCAAAAGAAGUACGAUCAUUUAGACAAAAAGCUUUACCAGCAGGAACCAUCAUCUUCUCCAAGGCAUGAGCCUGUACCAGAAAAAGAAAAGGUACAAGACUUACACCCCAGGGGGCAGGCAGUACGAGAUUAUUUCCCUGAAGACACUCUUAUUCAGACAUUUACCAAGGACACAACAACGGAGAGGGAAAUCUUGCGACAGAACGAUAUCUUGAACAGGCCCUCCAUAUUUGAGGCAAGACAUUUGGAACAAAAGUCAGUCCCUUCUUCAAAAUCGGAACCAUUCACUCAUACUUAUGAGGUUAAAACCUGUGAACAUCAUGAUACAUUCCACUCUGAUUAUGAUAAACCAGUAAGAAGUGAUGUAAAGUAUUCUACAGACACAGUCAUAAAAAGAAAGCCAUGUCCAACUGAUGCUACAUCCUCUGUGACAGAAACAUAUCUAGACCAAGAACAUUCAGAGGGCAUGUACCUUCAUGACACUAUUUCCUCCUCAAGAAAGGAUUUGCAACCAAGAAAACAAUUUUCAACAGACACCUUUCCUCGAAGGACGUCCUCCAAAGAUGAUACUUGUCCCACAGGGAAAGAUUCUCCUCCUAGGAAGGUUUCUCCAGUAAGACAGGAUGCAGGACUACGUUCUAGAAAAGAUUUCCCAACAAGGAAUGACAUUUACCCUAGAAGAGAAAGAAGUCCUGCCAAAACCUCAACAGUUCUAAGGAAGGAUCAACCAGGAGAUGUUGCUUCCUCCAGGAAGAAUACCAGCUCUAGUGAUAAAAUGACACUACGAGAUUCUUCCCCUACUAGAAGAUACAGCAGCCCCAGAGAUAAAUUUACCACUGUAAAUGAUGUGAAAACUGCAGUUACAACUUCUACUGUAAGCUCUUCUACCAGAAAGCAUCCAUCUCCCAAGGACUCGUCACCUACAAGAAAGGAGUCGUAUACUAAAUUUGAAUCUCCAAGAGAAGGGUCUCCAACCAGAAAGUACUCACCCCCUAGAGACACACUGUCCAAAGAAGACUAUCCUAGAGUCAGCCAUCCAACAAGAAAGCAGUCAUCUCCAAAGGACACAUCACCUACAAGAAAGGAGUCAUAUACUAAAGGGGUAUCUUCUAGAGAAGGCCUUUCAGUGAGAAAACACUCAUCUCCCAAGGACACAUCACCUACAAGAAAGGAGUCAUAUCCUAAAAAAGAAUCUCCUAGAGAAGGGUCUCCAACAAGAAGCUACUCAUCUCCCAAGGACACAUCACCCACAAGAAAGGAGUCAUAUCCUAAAUUUGAAUCUCCAAGAGAAGGAUCUCCAACCAGAAAGUACUCGCCCCCCAGAGACACAUUAUCUAAAAGAAAGGAGUCAUAUCCUAAAGAGGAAUCUCCUAAAGAAGGGUCUCCAACAAGAAGCUAUUCAUCUCCUAAGGACACAUUAUCUACAAGAAAGGAUUUGUAUCCUAAAGGGGAAUCUCCUAGAGAAGGGUCUCAAACAGGGGGCUAUUCGCCUCCUAAGGACACAUUACCUACAAGAAAGGAGUCAUAUCCUAAAGAGGAAUCUCCUAAAGAAGGGUCUCCAACAAGAAGCUAUUCGUCUCCUAAGUUCACGUUACCUACAAGAAAGGAUACAUAUCCUAAAGGGGAAUCUCCUAGAGAAGGGUCUCCAGUGAGAAAGUACUCAUCACCCAAGGACACAUUGCCUACAGCAAAGGAUUCAUAUCCAAAGGGAAAAUCUUCUAGGGACAGUUCUCCGACAGGAAAGGAGACAUCUCUCAAAGGUACAUCAUCUACAAGAAGAGAUUCAUGUCCUAAAGCAGAAUCUCCUACAGACAGCUAUCCAACAAGAAAGUACUCAUACCCCAAAGAUGAUUCUCCAUGUAGAAAGGACUCAUAUUUCAGAGAAGAAUCUCACAGCAUUAGUUCUUCCACAAGAAAAAUUUCAUCUUCAAAGGAAAAAUCUCCAACAAGGAAGGAUUCAUGUUCUAGAGGUGAAACUCUAAGAGACUCCUCUCCCACACAAAAAUAUUCAUUUCCAGUGGAUACAUCUUCGCCACAAAAAGAUGGUUAUUCAACUUUAGAACAAUCAGGAAUGGAUGACAGAUAUCCUAGUGAUGGUUCACCAAUUAGUCAGGAGACGAGUCCCAAAAGAACAUCCCUGACUGGAUUAGAAACAAAAACUGCCACUCCUAGGAGAGAUUCCCAAACAAAUCAACACCAUCCCAAAGAAGAACCCAAAACAGUAGACACAGGAACUGUUCGAGGCAGUGGACGUUUUGGGGUGAACUUGCGUCGCAUGGGAUCUGCUGUUAGUUCUACAAUAAAAGAGCGUUUCAGUGGAGAGACACCGAAGCCUGAAACAACUUCCGACAAGAAAGGAGAUGAACCCCAUAUUGAGGAGAUCUUUGAUCUUGAAUUGUUAGAAAUGAUGUUGGAGAAGGCGGUAGGCUACGAGCAGCGUCGCACCAUCCGAGCGCAGAUCCGCAUCGUGCGCCGACUUAUGGCAGAGCGAUCUGCAACGAUCGACAAACCGAAAGAGAAUCCUGAACCCUCCAGUGACAGCGCACUAGAGCAGUCCUUAGUAGGCAGUCGGCAGGAACUUAUACAUGAUGGAGAUCAGAGAAGAAAACCAGAUACCGAAGUUCAGAGGAAGAUAUCUCCAACACGCCAGAAGCCCUUCUUUAAUCGAAAACAAGAAGUCGAAGACUCGGUGCCGUUUGAAACGCGACCUGUUGAUGACGAUGACAGCUAUCAGAAGUCAUCUUCCUCACCGCAGAGCGUUUACCGGGAAACUAGGCAGCAGAGCAGUUUUUCAAAUGUCCGGGAUUCGAAACAAUUUGGCAGCCGCAUUGAGUCACAUUCCACCUUCUCCAGGGAUUCAAGGCCUCUUCCUGAGGAAAUUCCAGAUUGGAAGUCGAGUCCCGUAAGAAAGCCAUCGAAAACUGAGCUCAACAUCGAACUGAAACCAGCCACAUCCUCCUCUGUGAAGUCACCAGUUAAGAAGUCUUCGCUGGGAGAGCCACCAAGGGAAGCAUUUCCCACAGACUCUGUCACAUCCAGCUAUGGUGUUGGCCCCACAGAUGAAAAUGGGCGUCCACUGUUUGGCCUGAGUGCCCUUCGCCGGCGACAAAGUAGCAACAACAACAUUCAAAUACCGAAAGAUGCUGUUGAAAGUAUGCCUGCAAGUGAUCUGGAGCCAGAGGAUAAGCGACAAGAAGUAGAGAGCAAACCAUCAGAAAUUUGUGAUUCCAGUGGACGACUGCUCUUUGGAGGAUUGCGGGCACUGAAAGUAACCACCACAACUACUAGUAGCAGUUGGAGCAGUCCUCAAGAUAAACAGAAGGUUCCCAGUACUGACAGCGAAAAUAUGCCAGAACAGCCUGUCUCCUCACAUCUCCGUGAACUUGUCACCAAACAUGAGCAGAACUCACGUGGCAAUGCAGUAUCUCAGCCAGCUGCACCUCGCCAGAAACCGCGUGCUAAGCUGCGUGACAGCUUCAUCCAUCAGUCUCGGGACAAUGAACCAGACAAACGUUUGGCAGAUGCUCUGACAGAUGCACGUGUCAUGUCACAAAGAGCAAGUUCUCUUAGAGCUAUUAUCCAAAAGCAUGAAAAAAUUGCCCAUGAUGACAGUGGAAGUGACAGACUGCCUCAUUCUGAUGAAGAUACUCCUGACACAGGAGAUACAGAGGAGUCAUGCCGGCCAGGAAUAUUGAAGAAGUUACAUGGAGGUGUAAAGGUGGUGACAGAAAGUACCAGUACCAGUACCAGUAGUGCAACUGUGAUCAGCUCUAGGGGGACUCUGAAAGCAGAUGGCACAGUCUCACUCAAAAGGGACAUCAUCCAGGGUGAAACUGUAACCAGGUUAGGUGAGGAGCCUGUAACAAGGAUAACAAGGACGCAGUACACCUACAAGACUCCUGAUAAAAGUACUUCUUCAGCAGUGCAUUAUGAUAAUGACCACAGUGAUACUCCAAGGAAGUCCAGCACAUCCAGUAGGAGAUCAUCCGCUGGAAAGACUCCAUCACCGGAAAGAGGAUAUCCAGAUGAUGACGUGAAAUUAUCCAGGAUCACGACCUCUUCUGUUACCAGCAGUAACAGUUUUAGAAGGUCAAAGAUAUCUGAUGACACACGCAAAUAUGAUGAGGUCAGCAGCACUGCCAUACAUGAUGAUGUCAGUAGACAGCCUAAGGUGACAGCAGACAAAACAACAGAAGGUGGUGAGAAGUUUGUGAGUUCAGCAACAGCAUUUCUGUCCCGACGACAAAAAGUUACAGAUGAAAAUAGUGGGAUACGAACAGGUUCACCUGCUGAGAGGGGACAUAUUGUCAACACUGACACUGAAACAGAACAAUCCUCUUUGAGGGAUGGGAAGUACAUUAGCUCAACUACUACCAGAAUAAGACAGAUGGCACCAGUGUCUGUGCAUAAUGAUUUUGAAGAUAAGAAGACAUCAGCUUCUAGUUAUGGAAAAUACUCCAGCACCUCAUUCAGCAGAUCUGAGACAGAGAGAGAAAUCACAGACUACUUUCUGGAGUCAGAGAGGAAUAGAGACAGUGGCGAGAAUAGAAGGUUACUGCAGAGUAACUAUGAUGAUGAGAGCGAUGGAUACCGAUACACUUCAAGAACUGUAACUGAAUCAGACACAUCAACACCAUCAAGAAGGUAUUCCACUGAAGCAGAGACUGAAGGACAGGUGCAGAGAUCAGAAGUUUGCUUUGGUGGCAGCAGCACAGUGACCCAGAGUCGCAGUGGGGCCAUGACGACAGUUGAGACAAGCACUUCCUCUCGAUCUUCAACCUCAAAGCAGAUAACCGAAUCAAGCCGAAGGAGAUCAUCAACUACAGUUGACGGUGCUCGGGAGGCAUCACCCAUACCUGUCGCUGGCAGCUCAGGAUUCUCCAGGAUUGCCCGCGGGGGCUCUGUCCGAGCAUUGUCACAGAAAUUUCAACAGGCUGCUGCUGAGGCGAAUGGCAGUGACAGCUCUCGCUCACAACGGUCUUACCCCAAGGCUGGACUCAUAUUUCGCUCCGCAAGCUUCCGACUAAACAGCAGCAUCAGUCCUGCCACCACUCCCACAGGGGAGGAGGCACCAGGAUCAGCGAAUCUCAAGCAAUCAGAGUCUGUGGAUGUGCAUACAGGGUCUGUUCCAACCAGCACACACACCACAUCUAUUGAUAAGACCAAAGGCGGAUCAUUCCUCACCAACCAAACUCGUGUAACUGGUGUGCAAGAUGUGAUUACUCGCAUGAAGAAUGCUGAUCAAGAUGUCAAAGAUGGUGACUCCGAAGAAGAUGCAGAGGCUCGUUCCCUGCUGAACAAGUUCCUAGGAGCGCAAGUGAUACUUCAAGGGAUGGAGCCUCUGGUGAAAGCUUCACAUUCCCACAGUGCUGCACUUGUCAGUCAGGUGGAGAGGCAACGAGUGCUGACUUCACAGAAGACUCCAUCCACAUUGACCAACAGCAAAGACUUGGAGAAAGACCUUGAGGAAAUUUGGGACGAGAGAUUGCUACGUCAAUUGUUGGACAAGUGCUCAGACUACGAAGGGAGACGCCAAAUCAGAGCAAGGCUGCGAGUAGUUAUGGCAGAACAGAAAGCUUGUGCAAGCGUAGUGGCUGCUGCCUUGGCUGAUGAGGAUGCUGCAAGUGAACGUGAGCAGGAGGAAACGGGUGAUGUGCUCUGUCGCAGUGUAGUGGAGGGACAUUCCGAGUCCAAGGUGACAUCAUCCUCCACAGAUGGCAAUACUGUGACCCAAACUGAAGUGACAACAAAGACAUCUAGCUUCUCAGCGACCACAGUGGGGAAAGGCAAAGUAUCCAAAGAUGUGUUAGACCUGGUCAGCUCCUAUUUCUCCCCCCUUGGAAAGGCGAUGUCCCCCUUCGCCAAGUUCCAGCAGCUGGACCGUCAGAGUUCGUCCCAAUCAGCACCCAGCUCCCCUAAGACCCCUGGGGGUACAACUGCAGCCCCCCUUUUUAAAUUCACGGACCCUAAGCUGAGUCGGAGUGCUUCGGGGGUCAAGGACAGGCUUCUAUUCUGGUGUCAGAGCAAGACCAAGGAAUACAAGAACGUUCAAAUAGAAAACUUUUCAACAAGCUGGAGCAGUGGUCUGGCAUUUUGUGCACUUAUCCAUCAUUUUCUCCCUGAUGCUUUUGAGUAUGAUUCCCUUAGGCCCGAGGAGCGGCGGAAGAACUUUGAGCUUGCUUUCCGAGUAGCUGAUGAAAAGGCCGGGAUUGCGCCUCUGCUGGACGUUGAGGACAUGGUGAUUAUGCGUAAACCUGACUGGAAAUGUGUCUUCACAUAUGUCCAGUCUGUGUAUCGCCGCUUCAAGGACCAAGACUGAUCCCUUGAUGACAAUGUAAUGCUUGAAGUAAUGUUCCUAUCUCAUUCAUUCAAUCAGGAGAAAAUUCAUGCCUCCUUCAAAUCCUUUCAAUAAGAAUGAAGAUAUGUGUAUUUUGUACAGAACUGUAAAUUAGCUUAAAUUAUCAGACUAUAUAGUGAGCAUACAUUGUUGUAUAAUCAGAACUGUGUAUCAUAUUCACCUGCAUAUGGAUAUUAGCUGAAAGAACAAAGAAUGUUAAUAUUUGUUUCAUGCUUAAAAAGUACACAAAUAUUCUCAUGUGUAAGAAUAUAAAUAUGUGAAUAUAUAAUAAGAGUAAGGUUUAAUGAAAGUGAGUACUUGCUAAUGCCUUUCAAUGCAUUGAAUAUGGUACACAUUUUGUGGUAUAUAUAUAUAUGUGUAUUAUUUGUAUUAUUUGUUGUGAUGAUUGUAGACAGGCAGUCAGACAGAAAUGAUGGAUGAUGCUCACAGAGCAAAUAUUGUGAAAUAACUUAUACUUGCCAAGAAUCCAGAGCUCCAGUUUUGCCAUCUCAUUGCCAUUCUUUGAACCAACCAAUCGACAUAAUCUUUUAUUAACUAGUGCUUAUUAAAUGAAGUUUCCUACAUUUCUUUUUAAAUCUGUAAUUGCAACAAAUUCAUUACUUCUCUUGUUGUAGCCGCUUGUACCAGAGCUACAAUCAUGGUGCUUCCCUUCUGAGAAACAGUUAUAUAGUCAGUGAAAACUGUGUACAUAACAAGUCUUGACAUUUAGCAGUUUUCAGAUUCUGUUCUUUGCUUUCUUGCUCAUCUAAUACUAAAAUAAUUUUUUGUUGUUCAAGAUAGUUCAUUUAUAUAUUUUUUUUCUCUUGCCGGCUGAGGUGAUAUUUAUACUGAAGUGGAUAUUAACAACAUUUUCUAUUUUAAAAGUGUAACUUGCACCAGGAAUGUCUGGGUGUGUUAAAUUUCACAACAUUUUUAUCUGGAAGCCAGACGGUUGAUGUAAUUGGUCAUGUCUUUCAAUUUUUAAUUUUAUAAUGUCUUCUAGUAUGGCUUACUAAUUUAGAUAAAAGAAUGAAGCUUCCUAUCACUAUAAGUAAAUAAAGCAAUUGAUAUUGUUAGAAAAAGGAGUAAUUAUUUUUCUGCUGCCAAAGAAACUUUCCCGCUGGUAUGUAUGUAAUGUCUAAAGCAAUGAAAUUUUGACUCUUGAGAUGA